UGUAGUAGAAGAAGAAGCUGUCAGAUAAAAUGGUUCUGGGACGAAGUUAGCGACCUGGCUAAUGUCAAUAUUCACCAACAAGCAGACCGAAAGGACAGCGACGUUACCCGAUAAUUCCUGAGACGAAUGAAAGUUGCAUUUCUGCAGAUUGACUUUCUGGAUCUACUCACAGUCUUUUCCUCGUCCAGUCUUCUUCGCUGAAGUAAGAUGAGCCAAAGGAGAGGCAUCCAUUUGGAUCAAUCAGAGUUGCUCUGCAAGAAAGGAUGUGGGUUUUAUGGCAACACAGCCUGGCAAGGCCUGUGCUCAAAGUGCUGGCGAGAGGAAAAUCUGCGAGACAAACAACAGCAGAUUCAAGAAGACUGGGCUCUUGCUGAGAGGUUGCAGAGAGAGGAAGAGGAAGCGUAUGCAAGCAGACACCAGAGGACCCAAUCACAGCCUUCAAUCACAACCGUUAAGAAGAAUGAAGAAAGAAAGACAAAGGAGAAGUCAAGCAAAGUCCCAAAGUUUUUUACUCAGUCAACAAAAACACCACCAAAAAAAGAUGCUUCUUCAUUCGACGCACAGUCAGCACCGAGACCCAGCUCCUCAGUGAGUAGACACGCGUCGUUGGACAAAGACCGUGCAACGUGGGAGUUCAUAGAUUUUCUCAAGCCUUUGAAAUCUGGCAGAGAAAUCUUCAAGCAGUGUCGCGCUUUCACAGAGAGCAUGGCGUAUAAACGGGAUAUUGGGGUUGAUGAACUGUCAGAUUGCGUGCAGGACUUCUACCAGAACCUCUCAGAGGGUCGCCCCGUCCCGCUCAAAGGUUCAACAGAUCAUAUUGAGAGAAUUAUGGAUGAAGUAGAGAAGUACAUGAUGACUCGCCUCUACCAAGAAGUUUUCUGUCCUGAGACCACAGAUGAUGAGAAGAAAGAUCUGGUGAUUCAGAAGAGAAUCAGAGACUUGCACUGGGUCACCAUUGAGAUGCUUUGUGUGCCUGUAAAUGAAGAGAUCCCCGAGGUCUCUGACAGUGUGGUCAAAGCUAUCACAGAUGUCAUAGAAAUGGAUUCAAAGCAAGUCCCCAAAGACAAGCUUGCCUGCAUAACCCGAUGUAGCAAACACAUUUUCAAUGCCAUCAAAGUGAGCAAGAAGGAGGCUGCAUCUGCAGACGACUUCCUCCCGACUCUCAUUUAUAUAGUGCUGAAAGCAAACCCUCCACGACUGCACUCUAACAUCCAGUACAUCACACGUUUCUCCAAACCCAGCAGGCUCAGGACUGGAGAGGAUGGUUACUACUUCACUAAUCUGUGCUGUGCAGUGGCUUUCAUAGAGAAACUGGACGGUCAGUCUCUGAACCUGAGCUCCGAGGAGUUUGAGCUCUACAUGUCGGGCCAGGCGUCCCCCCACUGGCCACAGUCCACUGGAGCCACCGCCUCCUCUUCCUCGGGCAACGCUGCUCUCGCUCAGACCCACAACAGCCUGGACCUGCUGACCGGUCUCGGCGAGAGGCAAGAGCGCGUCAUGGAAAAGGCUCGUCAGAUGGAGAGCGACCUCAUCGACUGGACGGACGAGGUGGAGCAGACGGUGCAGAGCGCGCUGGACGCAUUCCCUCUACAAACACAAAACUCCACUGCAGCCACAGUCGGCGGCACGGAGCCUGCAGCGUCCUCUGCUAUCGACUCGGAUAAUGUGGAGAACGAGCUUCUGCCCCCGCCGCUGACACCUCAGGUGUUCGCUGGCUGAUAUGAAAACCGCUCAGCAGAGGAACCACUAACAGCUUAACUUUGCCCCCUCCUCCUAUGUUGCUCUUAGCUGUUCAUGUGCACGUCCAGCAGCUGUUGAAGCUGGAUCACAUUUUCACUCCGACGUCUCCACUCCGUCCAUCAUUGUCUUUAGGGACAAGUCGGGCGUUUUAGCACACAGUUACUUUCUUGCAAAGUUAAACGAGAAGAUUGACACCACUUCCAACAUCUGGGCAGCAGAUCAGAAGCUGCAGCCGGAUGUGUAGUUUAGCCUG